AUGAACGUCGAAACCAUCUCCGAUUUCCUCGCCGAUGAGCGAUCAGAGGCUCCCGAGGAGCUCCAGCCCCUCAUCCUCGACUUCGAGAACUUCUGGGAGCGUAAGCUCUGGCACCAGCUCACCGAUGCCCUCGUUAAGUUCUUCAGCCACCCGGGCAGUGCUCCGCAGCGCCUAUCCUUCUACAAGGUCUUCAUCUUGAAGUUCGCCGAUAAGAUCAACCAGCUCAAGCUAGUAGAGCUUGCGCUCAAGGCCGCCACUCAGUGCCAAAACGACGAGGAGCGCCUCACCUUCCUCCAGUCCGUCGUCAAGAAGGUGGAUACCGAAGACUCACAAGAUGCUUUCGUCUACGCAUCCGUAGCUGUGGCCCGGGUUAAGCUGAGCUUGGGAGACCUGGAUGGUGCCAGAAAGGACUUGGAUGUAUCAGAGAGGAAACUCGACUCGUUCGACUCGGUUGAGGCGAUCGUGCAUGCCGCCUUUUAUGAUGCUAGUGCAAGCUAUUAUCAGCGUAAGAUGGACUUUUCCAACUACUACCGCACAGCUCUGCUCUACCUCGCGUGCAUCGACCUCGACUCCAUCUCUGAGAGUGAACGCGGUAAGAGGGCGUACUUCCUCAGCGUGGCGGCGCUGGCCUCCACCAGCAUCUACAACUUUGGAGAGCUGCUGCUGCACCCCAUCCUUGAUAUCCUCAAGGAAAACGAAGACGUGUCGUGGCUGCGCGACCUCCUCUUUGCCUUUAACCGGGGCGAUUUGGCUGCCUUUGACGUACUGUCCGACCACAUCUCUGAAAACCGUCUCCUCGCCGAGCACUCUGACCACCUCCGCCAAAAGCUUUACCUUUCUGCCCUUACAGAGGCCAUCUUCCGCCGGCCACCCCAUGACCGCACUAUGUCCUUUGCCACAAUUUCCCGAGAGACCAAGGUCCGUCCACAAGAGAUUGAGCAUCUCAUCAUGAAGGCUCUCAGCCUCGGACUGGUCCGUGGCACAAUCGACCAGGUAGACGAGGUUGCUCACAUCACAUGGGUCCAGCCCAAGGUUCUGGACAUGAAGCAAGUCGGCGCCCUGCGCCAGCGACUGCUUGACUGGGAUUCGAGCGUCAACCAGCUCGGCAACUGGAUCGAGGGAGCAGGAAAGGACGUCUGGGCAGCAUAG